CCUUGAUCGGCUUGAAGCGUUGCGUAUUUUUCGAUUAUUAGUGAUUAUUAAUUAUAUUACAAUAAUAAUGGUUAGUUGCGCGGCGUGCUCCAUCACAAAGUCAAAAAAUUGUGGAUUUACUUUUCAUUCUUUUCCAAAAAAUGACCAAAAGUGUAAGGUAUGGGUUAAUUUUGUGGGGAAAAAAAACUGGAAACCACAAAGAAGUCAUGUUUUAUGUUCAAGACACUUCUCUCAAGAUUGCUUUGAUAAAACAUCAAGAACUAUAACACGCCUGAAACCAGAUGCAGUCCCAACAAUAAACAUAACACGGAUAAAGCAUGUGCAGCAGCAAAAUCAAGUGGAAGUUGUAAAACUAAAAUCGGAAAAAACAAUUGGAAAUGAAGUACGUGAUACAGUUACACCAGAACCCNAAAGUACGACUGAUGUUUCUUUCGUUCCAAGUGUCAAUGACACACCUAGGAAGUUAGCAUUGAAAAGGAAAAUUCAAGAAAUCGAAGACAUGAAUGUGAUCCAGUCGAAAAANAUACNACAGUUGCAACUGCAGAACCAGUACCGAAACCGAAAGAUAUUAAAUAUUAAAGGGGUAAUGAACAUUCUAAAAAAAAACAA